AUGUCAAGCAACAGCAUCAAGCUGAUAUCUGGUAACUCCCAUCCGGAACUGGCUGAGCUGAUUUCCAAGAGGUUAUCUAUCCCACUAUCCAAGGUUGGUGUUUAUCAAUACUCUAAUAAGGAGACUUCUGUCACUAUUGGCGAAAGUAUUAGAGAUGAAGAUGUAUAUAUUAUUCAGACAGGUACAGGUGAGGAUGAGGUUAACGACUUCUUAAUGGAACUGUUAAUCUUAAUCCACGCUUGUAAAACUGCCUCUGUCAGAAGGAUCACGGCCGUGAUUCCAAACUUUCCUUACGCUAGACAGGAUAAGAAGGACAAGUCCCGUGCUCCUAUCACUGCGAAGUUGAUUGCUAAUCUGUUGCAAACAGCAGGAUGUGAUCAUGUUAUCACUAUGGACUUGCAUGCCUCUCAGAUCCAAGGGUUCUUCCAUAUUCCGGUGGAUAACCUGUAUGCUGAACCAUCUGUUUUGAAUUAUAUUAAAACAAAAACAGAUUUAUCAAAUGCGAUUUUGGUCUCACCUGAUGCAGGUGGUGCUAAGAGGGUCGCAUCGUUAGCUGAUAAACUAGACUUAAAUUUUGCAUUGAUCCACAAGGAAAGACAAAAGGCUAAUGAGGUUUCAAGAAUGGUGUUGGUCGGUGACGUCAAGGGAAAAGCUUGUCUGUUGAUAGAUGACAUGGCAGACACAUGUGGCACUUUAGUCAAAGCGUGUGAUACAUUAUUGGAUCAUGGUGCGAAGGAGGUCGUUGCCAUUGUCACUCACGGUAUAUUUUCAGGGUCAGCAAGAGAAAAGUUGAGCAACAGUAGAUUAUCAAAAAUUGUUUGUACAAACACUUUGCCAAUCGAUUUAGAUUUGGAUAUUGUUGAGCAAGUAGAUAUCAGUCCAACUUUGGCUGAAAGUAUAAGGAGAUUACAUAAUGGUGAAUCAGUUUCUUAUUUGUUCACUCACGCUCCAAUAUGA